AUGGCGACGCAGACGGAGCUCACGCAGGCGCAGCACGUCUUCCUCCAGGCGAUGAUGUCGAGGUGCGUCAUGAGCGAGACCGACGCGCGCGCGAUGUACGCGGAGAUCGUCGGCGCGGACGUCGCGAGGGCGGACGCGCGCGGGUUCGAUCGCUUCUGGGGCGAGAUCGCGUCGCAGCUCGGAUACCUCGACCUCGAUCUGAGACGCGUGAAGUAUCAGGACGACGACGAGCUGUACCUCGGCAUCGUGAACAAGGUCGCGAGCGACUCCGCGAAGCUCGCGACGACGAUGACCCCGGAGCAGAUCGCGCUGUUCAGGGUGGUUCUGGACGAGAUCCUGAGGGAAGACGCGACGUGCGACGCGAAAAACGGCGGCGUGGACGUCAUCUCCGCGCUCAACGCGACGCAGAUAUGGACGGGCGCGACGCAGGGUGCGACGCAGGGCGGCGAAGGCGGCGCGACGCAACUGACGCAGGCGCAGACGGAGUCCGUCGCGAAGAUGAGCAAGACCGAGAAAGAGGCGACGUUGAAACGGCUGUGCGAGGAAGGGUGGCUGCGUCGCGGGGACGACGAGGCGGGGAAGUUGACGAUCGGGGUGAGGAGUUUCUUGGAGCUGAAGGACUUUUUGUUGGAGUCCGCGCCCGAGGCGACGCAGGAGCGGUGGAAGUUGUUGAUGUAG